CCGCCUUUAGCCUUGCGCGCCCUGCCCCGCUCGGGCUCUGGCUGCGCGGCUGCUGCCUGCGCCCGCCCCUUCGCCCACAGCCCCCGCGCCGCCGGCUCUGCCUCCUGCCCCAGGGCCGGGCCGCCCAUCCAUCCGCCCCGCCCCGCCCUCGGCGGGACUGAGCAGCCCCGGAGCCAGCCGCGAGGAGGAAGGAGCCGCCGCCGCUCGAGCGCGGAGCGAUGUCUCACGGGGCCCGGGUGAUCCGGACGGGCUCCAGCAGCGCGGGCCCCGGCAGCUCCUCCUGCCCGCCGCCCCCGGGGCCGGAGCCCGGGCUGCUGGACGGCGGCUACGCCCGCUCCUGCUCGGCCAUGCUGAAGGUCGCCCAGAUGAUAUCAUUGCUGAUUGGAUUCAUCUGUGUAAAGAAUUCACCAUGGACAAAUUACAGUGCAUCCAUCUACUUUGAAAUUGUCACCAUGUGUGACUUGAUUAUGAUUCUUGUUUUUUAUUUUGUCUACCUUUUCAGAGCAUACAGAAUGCUCACCUGUAUUAGUUGGCCACUUGCGGAACUUCUCCAUUAUUUAAUUGGUACGCUCCUGCUUCUCAUUGCCUCUAUUGUGACAACGUCUAAGACCUAUAAUUCAGCAGGACUCGUAGCUGGAGCGACGUUUGGUUUCUUAGCUACAUUCCUUUGCGCUUUGAGCAUAUGGUUAUCCUACAAGAUCUCAUGUAUUACUCAGUCAACAGAUGCAGCUGUAUGACUGUUUGGCCACUGCAAGAUGUUUGUGCGUUUCUAAAAGCGAUAUCAAAGAAGAGGGUCCACCAUGUGCCAUGAGGAGAAAGUUGACAUUUGUGUGAUUGGAUUAUAUUCAGUAGAUUUGAAGAUUUACUUGAACAUCUUAUGCAAGGAGAGAAACAACCAAUGCUGGAACCAAAGAAUUUGGUGUCAAAACAGUUUGAUAGAGAAAUUGUUUUUUCUGAGCUUUAGAGAAGUGCUCUUUCUGUCUCAUGAGCUGGUCUGUGGCUCCCAGUUACGUGCAGUGAGAAUAUUCAAACCUCCUUUGGAGAGUUGUUUAAUUAGGAUUUGUAUAAUUUUAAAGAUGGAAAGAUUAAUUCUGAUUUCCUCCAUGCAUUUGCAGAAGGGAAAUUCUGCAAAUUCACCUGAUUAUUAAUCUUCAAGAAUAAUUCCUUUAACAAAGCAACUCUUGCACACCAGUCUGUGCCUGGGAAACCUGCCUUAAGUUCUCUUUUACUUUCUCUUUCAUUGUCAUUGAUAUUUUUACAUCUGUUUGGCCAGCGUCAGAAAAUACUUUUUCAGGAACUAUGUCCUGGACAACUCACUGUGAAUGCUCCCUUCUAACCGCAAAUGUAAACUGAGUUUUCUAGAUGCCAAAAUAAUUAAUUUUGUUCCUACAUUUUUAAUAUACGGUCAUUUAUAACCCCCCUGAAAACUCUUUUCUCUGUACUGUACAAUAGGUAUGGAAGAACAUAUGCUUAGUGGUGCACUAAGUCUGUUGCUUUCCUCCUCAUAUAUAUGUAUUUGCAUAUUUCCAGUCUCUCCGUUCCACAGAAAUAACCCAUGGAGAGGGAAACUCUGAGUUUCCCAGAAAUUAUUCUCUUGUGGGGGGUGAGGGAGUGAGUGUGUGCGUGCCUGUGUGCAUUUCCCCUAGAGUAGAACCAUCUGGCUCCUCCUACUUAACGUACAAUCUGUAUGGAUGCCCCUUACCUCUGCUCUGUUAGAGCUGUUCUUUCAGGGACACUGUGUCUAGUGUGGCCGUUCCUGGAUUCCUCCUAAAGUGGGGUUUCAGAGCAGGAAGAGGGAAAUGGUGUCAGUUAAUGCAACCUAAUACUGCACUUACCUUUUUCUAUCCCCCUCUGCAGUUCUGGAGAUGAGCAAAUUCAGAGCUCCCCCGCCCUGCCUUUUCCUAAUCUAUCUCCACAGAGCCAGAAACUCCCAGAGCCCUUUUCAAGAAAAGGGGAAGUGUGGCAGAGCUCUCCUCUUCCUGAGUUUGUAAAUGAAAUUGUGACUGACCUAAUUUUGCUAUUUGUAUUAGACAUUUUUUCUAGUGUAAAUCUGGUUCAUGAAACAGCCAGGGGUAAAUGUGCCUUAAAUGUUACAGAUUUUUAACAACAUCCCACUCUGGCCUGCCUUUGUGCCUUACAGCUGGGUCUGGUAUUUGUUCUGUUCACUGCAGAUAGGAUGUCUUUUUUUAAAUUGUGUGAAUUUAGUGCUCAGGAAUAGUGCUGCCGCUCAAGAAAACAUAAUCCCCUAUUUAUCUAGAGCCCCCAGGUAGGAAGGGCGCAUGCUUCCUUGCUGUGCCCUGCCAGUCCACCUCAGCCAUGACUGGGCAGGUCUGAGAGGAGUUCAUUCUCUGUGCCUGCUCUGCUGAAAAUGCCAACACCAGGGCUGAUGCUCUGUGUGAUGAUACUCGCUCCCUGACUAAGCCCCCCUGAGUAAUUUUACUUUUGGUGGCUGGUCACUGACCAUGAUUUGGAUUAGGGCCCCAGAGGUUUAAGGACAGAUUUCUUCCAGGCCCAGGAGAGGAGUAUGUAAUAGUAGUGAUAUACUACUUCUCUUCCCCUCCUGUGAAGGGAAUGCUCACUCAGUUACUGUGGAAAUGGACUUCCCCCACCCAGCCACGUGGAAAUGGACUUCUGACACAGCAAAGCCAGCUACAUGCUGUCCUACGUAUGCAGCUUCCACAUCCUCACUGACCAUAGUAGCCAAACAGAAUAGCCUGAAGGCAAGCAGCGAUUAGCCGAGAGUUCUAACAAGAAGCUGAGAUCUCUCAGAACAAAGCAGGUUCCCACAGUUCUCAGUCCAUUCACCUUCCUAGACAGCUUUCCUCCAUACUGCAAUCAUGUCACUGAUCCCUGUGCUGCACUGCCAUUGGUGACACCUCCCCCUGCCACAGGUUGAAAAAAUCCCCAACUAGGAGUUCAAUGCACCCUAAAGGCCAUAGCAUUGCUGGAUAUCAUUCUGUGAUGGCUUGAAAUGUGUUUUCUGGAGAACUAAUGGAAACUCCCCCUUUGGCUUGCAUCUGUAUGCAGAACAAAAUGCUGUGAAUUUGCUGUAUAAUAUUGAAUACAAGUGUUUAAAAAUGAAUGAUACAUUUGUCUUGUAGAAGAUUAUGGCUUGAGAAUGAGCCUUUGUGGUUAGAGGAUGCCUAUGCAGUUUGUGACAGCUUAAUUCUCCUUUUAAUUGCUUUAAAAUUGUUCAGUUUUUCAUUGCGCACCUUUCAAAUAGCGGUUGCAUGUGUUCUGUAAAAGCAGUUGAGAAACAUUCUUCAAAAAAGGGCUGAGGAGGAGCAGCAGAUUACUGUGUCAAACAUGCACCCUUGAAGAGCAAAUCCCUAUGCGAGUGUAGUUAGCAUGUGGCCUCUGACAAAGAAGGCUAGGAGAAUUCCAGAGAUGAUACCAAACAAUGGUAGCUGAUGCAGAUACUGUGAGUGAAGGAUUUUCAGUGGGGUGUAGAAACACAUUGCUCACUACAGAAUUCCAACUUGACAGUUAAAUGAGACUCCCUGCCUGUGCUCACCUGUCAUAACUAUGGUAAUGAAGAUGCUAACAAAUAUUGCCACUCAUCAAGUUGUUGCACAGCUGAAGGAGCAACAAGAUAGAGCUGGAGAAGUGCUUCUUUUGAGCCUUUCUCGUCCAUUAUUUUCAUAUUUCACAUCCUCUUUCCUUCUGAGUAUACAUUCUGCUAAAGCCAAAGGAGAAUGUUACGAAUCAUAACCUGAGCGUGAGGAAGGCGGCAUCAAUUUGCAGCUGAAUCACGUACCUUAAGAUGAAGUAUUUACUGCUCGGACCUGUAGGCUCCAUAGCCCGUACAGGAGGAAAGAUGCAGCCUGGUCUAUUUACACUUAAGGAGUUUCAGGCUUUAUGCUCUAUCAAGGUGAUAAUGCAACACUCAGCUGGGUAAAGUGGGGGCAUCCUGCUCUAAGAUGUAUAUACCACCGUUUGAGGUGACAAUCAGGCUGCAUGGCUUAUACACACUGCUGUCGAUGUUCUGGUUAAAGCUUAGCACACUCUUUUGGUGCCUGUCGCCUGUUGUCCCUCUUAGGCAUAUCAGGGCACUGGGCUAUAUUUCCACUUAGACCUAUCAGGAACUCUCAUCAAGUGGAGGGCUCACCCUCAGGGUACUUUGCGUAGGUCCCACCUCAGAGCCUGUGUUGGUUCCCAGUGCCCUCAAGCUCAAUGGUGGCCGAUGGAGUGCAGGAGCCAGGGUGGGGAGGAGGAAGUGAAGGAAACUGCUCCACACAAGACCAAAGCAGACACCAACCGCUGGUAGGGCAUGACGCUCAGGCCAGUGCCUCCCCUUCUUGUGCAGCAGGGGUAUUUGUGAACUGCCAUCUACCGCCUGCUUGCAGCCCAAGGGAGGAGCAGCAGCGCUGGAGCCUGAUUCUACAUCAACCUGCCAGCAGCAGAGGGAGAGAUCAGAGAGGAGUGAGUGCCCCCACAUGCUACGCUGGUGGCUGUAAGUGGGUCCCUAUAUUAUUGUUUAGAGGUGGGAAAAGAGUAUCUCUGUCCCUGACUCUGGAAGACAGGGACAAACAAGGCCUAAGUGCAAGAGGAAGCGUGCAGGGGGACAGGAAUGAGCAAAGGGCUGGUUUUGAGGAGGGACCGAAGGCCUCAGAUUGGUUUUGCAGUUUGUCUCAUGAUGAGAAAACACACAUCUGUGAACAGGUUGUGUAGCUAAAAGCCAUUAGUGUAUCAAAAAGGGUCCAAAGUGCUCUGAGUGUACAGAACUGUUAUGUGGUUAACCUGGUCUAGUCUAUCAAUGUUUAUUCUGAUGAUUUGUUUAGAAAAACCACUCUUGCAGAGUUACAACUGUGCUUGAAGAAAAGCAGUGAGGGAUUCCUUUGUAUAGGAACAAUGUAAUAAAAACCUUAUCGGUGACCUGCACGUUGGCCAAGAGGACUGGCAGGAACUGGCUGCCCAAAGCACAAGAACCAGGUGGGCCAUUCACCCCAGCAAUGAAGUUCAAAAAUGGUCUGGUUGUCCUGUACACCUGCUCUUCUUUAGGAUGUGCAAUACAUCACACUUUUUUUUUUUUUUGCACAAAACCUUUGUCCUGGGCUGGUUCACAUUUCCUACUGUUAUUGUGUCAGUUAUUGUUUCUUUGGCUGCAACAGCUGAACCACUGAAGGACCAGAUUACCUGUGUGUGUUUAGUACAGUUUAUCUUACACACAUCACUUCACUCGGGUCUCAGAGCCUGGCACUGUUAAAGCUAACAAGACUGUAGGCCUUUCAUGGAGAGGGGCCUCUUUGAGCCUUGAGCACCCAUCACCAACUGCUGUUAGCAGUAUAUCAAUGAUCCAGAAGAGCUUAGCACACACGAACAGAAGCUGGAUAGUGUAUGCCUAUCUAAAGGCUCUGGCUAUCAGCAAGAGACAUUCUAAGGCUCUGUCCACACUGAAAAUGCUACAGGCUUGCAGCUGUGCACCUGCCGUGCAGGCACUUACUGCAGUACCGCAUGUUUAUCCACCUCCCCAAGAGCUGGUAGUUAGGUUGACAGAGAAAUUCUAUCCAGCUAGGGCUGUCUACAGCAGGGGUUAGGCUGACAUAGCUACGUGCUCUGAGGCAUGUGGAUUUUUCACACUGAACCGUAGCUAUGCCAAUGUAAGUUUAGACCAGCUCCGGUCCUCUACUCAUGCAUGGCUUUCUUCUUCAUGAACCAUGACCAAACCAAGCACAUAGCUUUAAUUGCCACAAUUUCAGCACUAUAGGGGUGGUGCUGUUCAGUAGUUUGUCAGACCUGAGUGCUUUACAGUUAGAUCCAAACCCUAUUAAGCUAGGAACAUCAUUUUGUUGACUCAUAAACACACUUUACUGAAUAAGAAUCCUACUGCCCGGAAUAUAAAUUGACCUAAAUUAGCCAAGUUUGUUGUUUUUAUCAAAGUAUUAUGUCCUUUGCUCAGCCACAUGAAUCUUACAGGCCCUGAAGCCAAAUCUCUGCAUCCACUUUAUCCCAGUAGUCAGAGCUUUAUUAAAAUUUGGUAUUGUCAUAAAGUGUAAUGACAAUGAGGUUUAAUAUAGCAUGCGGGGAGGGUGGAGGGGCUUAUCUCAAACUGAGUAUCAAUCACUCAUUGCCUUCUGGCCUGUGUAUAUAAUUCCACCUGCUGCUUUGCUGCUGUAUUACUAUAAAUAAA